CUGGUAUGACGAUAGUGAUAUCAGUAUAAAAUUGAAGUAUUUAUACACAUUUGAACCGUAAUAGUAAUUAAUUAAGGAACAGGUAAAGAUGUGGAAGUACUUGGUACUCUUGGUAUACGUGUCAGUGAGUUCAGUGAUCGCCGAAGAGGAAUGGUUGCUCGUGAACAUCACUCAAGGACCAGUCCGCGGCCGCCUCGAAGAUGGCGUAUAUUCUUUCUAUAAUAUUCCUUACGCCUCUGUGCCUACAGGAACUGAUCGAUUCAAGGCCCCCCUUCCCCCGCCAGUUUGGCUGACCCCGUUCAAUGCAGUCGAUCGCAAAAUCGUAUGUCCACAAAAUUGGAGGGAUUCAAAGGAAGUGAAUAUCCACGAGAACUGCUUGGUGGCCAACGUAUUUGUCCCUGACACGGAGGAGACUAACCUGCCCGUACUGGUCAACGUCCAUGGUGGAGGCUUCAUACUUGGUUACGGUCAACAAUCAGAGUUUAAGGACAUAGUAAGGAGCAGAAAAAUGAUUGUACUCACUUUUAACUACAGAUUAGGUGUUCAUGGUUUUCUAUGCCUUGGAACUGAAGGUGCUCCUGGUAACGCGGGUUUGAAAGAUCAGCUAGCAUUUCUUCGUUGGGUUCAAUCCAAUAUUGCUAGCUUUGGAGGUAACCCCGAUGAUGUAACACUUGCAGGUUGCAGUGCAGGAUCUGGUUCCAUAGACUUUUUAACACUUUCCAGUCUCACUAAAGGAUUGUAUACGAAAACUAUACAAGAAAGUGGUGUCAGCAUAGCAGGUGUUGGAGCUCAAGUCGAUCCUAUUGAGUAUGCUAAAAGUUAUGCCCGAUUCCUGAACUUCCACAACGUUGAUGAUUUGAAUAGCUUGGAAGAAUUCUACAGGACGGCUCCCCUUGAACUACUAGUUUCAGGUGUGGAUGAAAUGAUAAAUACCAAGAAUGUCAAUAUUCUAUUCGGUCCGUGCGUGGAACGUGACAUUGGGCAAGAGCGUGUUGUUACUGAUGCUCCAAUGAAUAUCAUUAAACAAGGCAACUACACUCAAGUACCUAGGAUUUAUGGGUUCACUAACAUGGAUGGAGCUUUCAGACUCCCAGAAUUUGAUACUUGGAAGAAUGAUAUGAAUGAGAGAUUCUCAGAUUUCUUACCAGCUGAAUUAUAUUUUGAGACUGAAGAUAUCAAAGAACAGGUUGCUCAAGAAAUCAAACAGUUUUAUUUUGGCAGCAACCCGGUUAGUGAACAAAACAUUUUGGCAUACAUCGCUUAUUUUACUGAUGUCCUAUUUGCUGUUCCAACAUUAAGAUCUAUAUCAACACGAAUAGAAACUCUUGGUGACACGAUAUAUUUAUUUGAGUACUCGUUUGUGGAUGAACAAACUCCUAAUUUUCCUCAUACUGACGUACGUGGUGCCAAUCAUUGCUUCCAAGAAGUGGCAGUCACAGACGAAGAUGUGACUGAUAGAACUGAUGAGUACAAACAAAUGAAAGAAAUUAUGAGAGAUUACUGGACGAAUUUUAUGUUGACUGGUUCACCGUCAAACACCAACUCACCACUGCCGUACUGGCCACCAACGAAUUCGCAACGGACUCCUCACAUGUCUUUGGGUCGCCAUAUUGAACUUGGGACCGAUAUUAUAAAGGACAGAGUAGAGUUUUGGGAUACAAUUUACGAUAAAUAUUAUCGUGGACCAGCGAUUUUCCCUUCAAACUCUUAAACAGAUCUCCUUUGGAAUAUUAUUUGUUUCAAGUAUACUUAUAAUUAUAACCCAUGUAAG